CAACACUUGGAAGGAGGCUGUGCUGAUUACUAUUAUUUUCCUUUUGGACUGUCGGAGAUGGGCUGUCUGCUUCACUAUUUCAUGCUUAUCCUUAUCUGCUUCUCUUUCCACCCAUGGUAAUUGAGGGUGGCUGUGGGCCAGAAAGAGUCCGGAGUGAGUGAGGGGGUGGUGGUGAAGAGGAAGAAGGACAGAGGGAGCUUCUGGAAAGGGCAGGCCUUCAUUCAGCAGACAAACAUGUGCACUUCUGCAUAAAAUCAGUUUCUGUUAACCCAGGUCUGUGAACAGUAUUGAUCACUGGCUUUCAAUGACAGGAUUAAGAGGAGUUCACACAAGGACUUGGAUGCUUACCGGUGCACAAUUGUAAAUUGGUACGGCUGCAUAAUGGGUCACAAAGCGACAUCCAUACAUUGUGUCUUAAGAUGUGUGUGCUUCAUGCUUCUCCAUUUGUUUAGUGCAGCUCAAGAUGAAGACUUAAGAAGUUGUAGGACCGCACCAUGUGAUUUGGUCUUUAUUCUAGACGGCUCGUGGAGCGUUGAAGAUGUCAAUUUUGAAAUAGUAAAGCGAUGGCUUGUCAAUAUAACAACGAGCUUCAAGAUUGGACAAAGGUUUACCCAGGUUGGAGUCGUCCAGUACAGCGAUGACCCUGUCUUAGAAAUACCUCUGGGGAAGUACUCCUCUAAUAAAGACCUCAUCAAAGCAAUGGAGUCCAUUGAGUAUAUGGGAGGAAACACAAGGACUGGCGCAGCCAUCAAGUUUGCUACAGACAAACUGUUUGAUCUUUCUGAACGUAGCCCACUGGGCAUUUCCAGAAUUGCUGUUGUCCUCACAGAUGGGAAGUCCCAAGAUAAGGUUCUGAAAGCAGCAGAGGAAGCAAGAAAAAAAGGACUAAUUCUGUUUGCAAUCGGUGUUGGUCCAGAGACAGAAGAAGCUGAGUUGAGGGACAUUGCUAACAAGCCAUUCUCAACUUAUGUCUUCUCUGUUGAGGACUAUAAAGCUAUUUCCAGGAUCAUACAGGUCAUACGACAGAAACUGUGUGAAGAGACUGUUUGUCCAACAAGAAUUCCUGUAGAUUCUCGCGAUGAGAAGGGUUUUGAUAUACUGUUACAUCUAAAUUUGGCCAAAAAAGCUAAGAAGACACAAGGGGCGUUUAAAAACAUUAAGGCCUAUGAGGUGACGUCUCAUCUUGACUUGAGUGAAACUACACGGACCCUUUUUCCUGAUGGCCUGCCCCCAUCGUAUGUUUUCGUGGCCACACUGAGGUAUAAAGGAUCAGUGACAAGGGAAGUAUGGGAUCUGUGGAGAGUACAGACACGUGACGGGCAACCUCAAAUGGCAGUGACUCUCAAUGGCCUGGAUGGCACCGUCUCGUUCACCACAUCCAGUAACGCACCAAGUGGAACUCAAACCGUUACAUUUUCAAAGCAUACAUCAAGGAAGCUGUUUGACGAGAACUGGCACCAGCUGCGGCUGCUGGUCACUGAGGAGGAUGUUACCCUUUAUGUCGAUGAUCUGGAAAUAGAAACUCUGUCCUUGGAUACCCCCGUUGGUAUUUUCAUCAAUGGAAAAACUCAAGUUGGAAAAUAUGUCAGAAAGGAAACAACAGUGCCUUUUGAAAUUCAGAAACUUCGCAUUUACUGUGAUCCAGAGCAGAAUAACCGGGAGACUGCAUGUGAAAUACCUGGAGUGUGCUCUAACAGUGCUGAUUACAUUGAACCAACUCAAGAACCUUGUGUUUGUCCUCCUGGACCUCCUGGACCUGCAGGAAUGAAGGGGGAACAAGGAAACACUGGCAAACCUGGUCAGCCUGGACCUGCUGGUGCUGAUGGUAAGCCUGGUACCCCUGGCAUUAGAGGGAGCCCAGGGCUGCCAGGUUCUCCAGGAGUAGAGGGGCCGCGCGGGCCAGACGGGUACAAAGGGGAGCAAGGGAGACCUGGUGUUUCGGGUGAGAGGGGUAUGCCUGGAUUAGAAGGAGCACCUGGACAACCAGGAGAGAAGGGUACUAAAGGAUCCCCAGGAAUUGCAGGGUUACCGGGGAAACCUGGGCAGGCGGGGGAAAAGGGAAGUAUGGGACCUCCUGGGCCAUCCGGUUAUCCAGGAAAACCUGGCCUACCUGGGAGAGAUGGGAAGGAUGGAUUUCCAGGAGUACCAGGUCAAAAGGGAGAAGCUGGGGCCGGUGGUAUCCCUGGUGCUGAUGGAAGGGAAGGCCAUCCUGGUAUGCCUGGAUUGCCAGGAAUAGCAGGCCUGAAUGGACAAAAGGGUGAAGCUGGUUCACCUGGAGCAAAGGGUUUCAAAGGAUCCAUUGGACCACCUGGUGAGAUUGGUUUACCUGGUGCAUCUGGUUUAAAAGGACCAACUGGACCCAAGGGCGCUAAGGGUGACAGUGGAAGUCCAGGUGUACAAGGAACACCAGGGCCAGCGGGGGCUGCUGGGGAACCAGGAGAAACAGGUCAGCCAGGGUACCCAGGCAUGCCAGGCCUGACGGGCAGCAAGGGACAAAGGGGAAACUCAGGUGAAAGAGGAGAGAUGGGAUUGAAAGGUGAAAAAGGAGACCUUGGAUGGCCAGGGGAUCGCGGUUCGAUGGGUCCAAUGGGACUAAAAGGAGAGAAAGGGACAGCAGGGGAUCCGGGGUCGAGAGGUCAAGAGGGUCAAAUGGGGCGGCCUGGACAGCCGGGUCAGUCAGGCCCACCUGGUCCCCGAGGCCUGCAGGGGGACAUCGGCCCUCCUGGCCCACCUGGACCUGAGAGAAGAUCUGCAAGUGAAAUAUCAGACAAUCACAUUCGACAAAUUUGCAGAGAGAUUCUUCAGUCUGAGAUGCCUUUAUUGUUGCUGAGCAACCAGCAGAGUAGCUGCACCAGAUGCCAAAGCCAACCUGGAUCUCCUGGGCCUCCAGGUCCAACAGGGCCCCAAGGGCUCAGGGGUCUUCCUGGACUUAAUGGCUUAAGGGGACAGCCAGGCCACCUGGGUCGGCCAGGACGCCCUGGUAUUAACGGGCUCAAAGGAGAUCCAGGUUUCACAGGUGAGAAGGGUGAGAAGGGGAGCCCUGGCCGAACCACCACUGGAGACCAAGGGCCACCUGGGCCUCAAGGCCCAAUGGGCCCCCCAGGGUACAGUAAACAAGGGCCUCCAGGUAAGCCUGGCCCCCCUGGCCUAAAUGGAGCAGAGGGUAAAAGUGGUCAUCCUGGCAUCCCUGGCCAGCCUGGGGUGUGUGAUCCAUCCAUGUGCUAUGGUAGCAUGAUGAGGCAGGGUCCUUACAGCAAAGGGCCAAACUAUUGAUGUAAUGCAGCGCCACUGCAGGCACCAUGUGGAACAAACAGCCAUUCUCAGGGAGCUUGCAUCUUUACAGUUUCUCUCUGUUGUGGAAACAAAACAGACCUCUUCGAAUGCUUUUUUUGUGAUCUCAGACAGCCACAUUUUCUCUUUUGGUGUUUUGUGUGUAGCGAUGUUAAAAGAAUUAACAAUUGGCUCUAUUUAAUACCUCUCAUUUCAGCACCUUGAACUCUUACUAUAGUACGUACAGUACGUCCAAAUUGCUCUCUGGGCAGUAUGGCUGGUAUAGUUCCCCAUAUUGCUCCCUGGUGUUGCUUUGUUGCAUGUCUUUCUCUAUAUUUUCACUGACUAGGUGCUAUGUUCAAUUUAACAAACACAUCUUCUGCGAUAUAAUCUAUAGAUUCAAUGCUCAGUGAAUCCUUUCACCAUAAAUUAUGUCAGAAAUGUACACAUUCAGUGCAAAGCUGAGUUUAAUUCAUUCAUCCGUAUGUAAUUAGGAGGUAAAAUGUUUAAAGUUUGAUCAUCUAACAAUAUAAUGGCAUUUUUACUUCUGUUUUAUUACUGUAGCAGGUCUUGUAUUGUUAUUUAUAAAAGUCAUUAUUGUGUAUUUGAGCAGUGAACAGCUUUAUAAUUUUGUUAUUUUGUGUUAAGGUGAUUUUUUGAAUGAAUCUUUUUUUUUUUUUUACUGAUUUGUGAUUUUAAUUUGUUCUAUGCUUUGAGCUCUAAGCUUCAAGUUUAUUUCAGAACACCAUCACAUCAGAGUUCUCACCUUUCUUCUGGAAAUUUGUGGCAGGAACUUGCUGUGAGGUGUUACCAUUUUGACUCUAGCAUUAAAAAUGGAUGAAAUGUGAUCACCCGGGCCUUCUUCUGAGGAUGCAGCUUUGCAGGAAGCUUCUGUAGGUGUGUGUCCUUAUGUGUGUGUGUGUGCCAGAGCAACAUCACAAAUAACAAUUUGUGUUGUGUAGUGGAGUUGUACACUAGAUGGUGCUAUGUGGCAAUACACAGCAUGUCCGGGACUUCUAGCCUAAGUACAGUAGGAGUUUCCUUGUCAUUUUGGACAGUAUGCUCUAAUCACAUGGAAACCUCUUAUUAUUUAUGUUUGUAAUUAUCCCAGCUUACUUCAACAUGUUGAUUACUUAGUGAUCCUCUAACACAGCUUUCAACAUUAAGGCUAUUCCCUCCAAAGUCAUUUUUAUAGCCUAGUCAAAGUCAGCUUUUGCUCUUUAUGGAAUUUAUAUAGGUUAAUAUGAUGAUAGCAUAUAGAGUCCUGCUGUGACUCUGUGGUUUGUAAUGUUGUUUACAGUAUCCUUUGUGGUAUUUGUAUCUAUUCCCCUGUGUGUUACUAUAUUGUAAUAACGAUUAUACUGCUGUAUCAUUUUAGGUGCAGCGCUGGCUGGCCCA